CUACAUGCAAGCUGUCUCUUAACUCUUUAUCAAUAACAUAACCAAAAUAAUUAUUUAAAUUCUUUAAUUGUAACCAACGAAAUGUCCAAGAUAUCAAACAUAAUCAAUUUUAUAGCAAAACGGAGCAUCAGUUGCACAGCACCACUCGAAGGUAAAAGAAAUUUUCGAAAAUUUCCGAUUCCUAACAAAAGAGGGUCUCGUCUUCACAGAGAGCAGCAGAGUGGUCAAAACCCUGAACUAGAGGUCGACAAACGUGGCGUGAGAGAUGUCGGGUACUACCUGGACGGCCGUUUCGUCACUGUACCCGAGAUGAUACCAGAACUCAUUGUACCAGACCUCAAAGAUUGCGAUCUUAAGCCGUAUGUGUCCUACAAGGUUACGGAUGUUAUCCAAAGCGAAUUCACGCCGCAGCAAUUAUUCGAUGCUGUUUACAGCAAAAAGAUCGUUACAGAUUUCAAGCAGGGGAAAUUGGAUGAGACUGGUCAGGCCCUCGAACCCUCUGAGGAAGAGAAACUACAACCCGCUGAGGCCGUGGCGCGGGCGAAACGAACGGGCUCCGACAUUUUUUAACUGUUAGUGAACUAUGUAGUGUUUAAUAGAUAAGGAUGUUUGAAUUAAUAAAGUAGUUAUGUUUA